UCCGCAUGGCCCGCCGCAUUUGCGGCAAGGAGCCGACCCCCUGCUCGGGUGCCGGCGGCCACCGGAGCGGAGCUGUGGGACGGAGGAGGGAGGGAUAGCACUCCCACGCUGGCGCAGUGGCAGGCGUGGGCCGCGCGGCGGCCAGAGGAUCUAGGCGGCGGGUGGCAGCAGCAAUGGAGGAGGCGGGGUGUAGGGUGCGGAGGCGUUCUUCGCCGGAACUGGGACAGGGAGCGGCGGCAUCGAUGAAGCAGCGGGAAGCCUCCAACUUCCGGUCCGAGGCGAAAUUCCAAAAUCGUUGUUCGCUCUUCCGGCAUUGCAAUCCCUUUUGCUAGUUUCAAAUAAACUCUCUGGUCCCCUCAAAGACUUUCCCGCCCAAUUAUCUUCCCGCGUGUCUACUAUUUGUUUAUCGAUGAACCAACUAACUGGCCCAAUACCCAAAUUAUUCUUUCAACUUAAACAUCUUAAACAUCUGCUCCUCGACUCAAAUAGAUUUUCAGGCACACUUGAACUUAGCUCUUUUUGGAGGAUGACGAGUCUCUCUUAUCUAGAUUUGUCUGACAACAUGAUAUCAGUCGUGGACAAAGAGGUUGAUAAUGUAUCACCUUCUCUCUCUAACAUCAACAGCUUAUAUCUUUCAUCCUGCAACCUCACCAAAAUUCCGGGUGCAUUAAGAUAUUUGGAUAACAUUGGGGAACUCAGCCUUUCUAGUAAUCAGAUUAAGGGGAUUAUACCAAGUUGGGUAUGGGAGAAUUGGAAGGACCAGCUUACACGAUUGGACCUCUCCUAUAACAUGUUUAAUACUUUGGAUAAUAAGUCUCGUUCUCUUGUUCAUAUGCCACGAUUAGAACUUCUUGAUCUUAGUUUUAACAGACUUCAAGGAAACAUACCAAUACCAGUAACAAAUGUUGAAGCUUUCUUGGAUUACUCAAACAAUAACUUCUCUUCUAUUGAACCUGACUUCGGAAAAUACCUUACGAACUCCAUCUAUCUCGAUUUGUCCAAGAAUAAAUUAAAUGGUCAUUUACCAUCUUCAAUUUGUAGUGCAAAACAACUAGAUAUGCUGGACUUAUCUUACAACAAUUUCAGUGGAUCGGUCCCAUCAUGUCUAAUAGAAAGUGGAGAGUUGAGCGCAUUGAAAUUAAGAGAAAAUCAGUUACAUGGGCUGCUGCCUGAAAAUAUACAAGAAGGAUGCAUGUUUCAAACAAUAGAUUUGAAUGGAAAUCAGUUUGAAGGUAAACUACCUAGAUCGUUAUCAAAUUGCCAAGACUUGGUGCUCCUUGAUGUUGGGAACAAUUGGAUUGUCGAUUCUUUCCCAUCUUGGUUGGGUGUUCUUCCACAGCUUCGAGUACUUAUCUUAAGUUCAAACCAAUUCAAUGGCACGAUAAGGAAUACUAAAGGAGAUGGUCCUAGCAUCAACAACUUCACAAGUUUGCAAAUACUUGAUUUGGCCUCCAACAACUUCUCUGGAAACCUGCCAAAGGGAUGGUUUAAUGAACUGAAAGCAAUGACGGAAAAUGCCAAUGAUCAGGGACAAGUUCUAGGGCAUGCAACAGACUUCAGUACAAGGACGUUUUAUCAAGAUACCGUCACCAUCAGAUUCAAAGGGAACAUGCUUAUUUACACCAAGAUGCUAACCACUUUCAAAGUUAUCGAUUUCUCAAAUAACUCAUUUGAUGGUCCUAUUCCAAAGUCGAUUGGGAGGCUUGUUUCACUGCAUGGACUUAACAUGUCACACAACAACUUCGAAGGACAAAUUCCAUCUCGGUUGAGUAACUUGUCUCAGCUGGAGGCACUUGAUCUAUCUUGGAACAAACUUUCAGGGGAGAUCCCACAAGAUCUGACCUCUGUUACCUCUCUUGAAUGGUUGAAUCUUUCAUACAAUAAUUUGUCCGGAAGAAUUCCGCAGGCCAACCAGUUCUUAACAUUUUCCAGCAGUUCAUUUGAUGAUAAUGUGGGACUCUGUGGACUUCCGCUCUCUAAACAAUGUGACACCCGAGCCUCGAUCGCUCCAGGUGGAGUGUCUCCUCCGGAACCCAACAGUUUGUGGCAGGACAAACUUGGUGCCAUUCUUCUGUUUGCUUUUGUUGGCUUGGGGUUUGGAGUUGGCUUUGCAUUGUCACUGGUGUUACGACUGCGUUGGCGCAUUGAAGGAUGGAUUUGCAAGCACUACUGAUCCAUAUGCGAUACUAUAGCACACAGUAUGUAUUGUACUAAUUUUUCUUCCUGAAGAAAGAACUGUCAUGUGUGUAUGAGCUGUGCUUGUUAGAUAAGAAACAGCUUCAUAAAUCCACUCCUCUCUGGCAGAAAAUGCUUGUAUGAUACAUUUUGUUGCAUCGGAUUGCAAGGAUUACUGAACCUUAAUUAUGUCGAACGUGUAAUAUGCAGCGUGUUGUUUUUUCCUUGGAAAUAAGAUAUGCCAAAUGUUCAUGUGC